GCGGUCCCGCGAGCGUGCUGUCUCCUCGCGAGAAGCGGGCGGCUGGGGGCGUCUGCGCGGACCAACGGAAGUGUGGGUGACAGUCUGAGACCUCGCCGCCAAGCUGGGAACCGGAGAGAUGGCCGAGACUGACCCCAAGACCGUGCAGGACCUCACCUCGGUGGUGCAGACACUCCUGCAGCAGAUGCAAGAUAAAUUUCAGACCAUGUCCGACCAGAUCAUUGGAAGAAUUGAUGAUAUGAGUAGUCGCAUUGAUGAUCUGGAGAAAAACAUCGCAGACCUCAUGACACAGGCUGGGGUGGAAGAACUGGAAGGAGAAAACAAGAUACCUGCCACACAAAAGAGUUGAAGGUUGCUAAUUACCCUGAAAUCUGGAACACCAUUUUUCCAAGCCAAGAGAAGACUGAAUGGCUUUUUGCAACUAACUACUACUAAGUGUAGACAGGUUUUAUAUUAUAGUGCAUUCUUAUCACAUAUAAUAAGUUUUUAGAGUGAUUUUUCUCUCCAGUUUCUGGAACAUGGUAUCUUCACAUCUUGAAACUUGGUCAGUUGUGCUCUUAAUUAUUAAACACUAAAAUUUUGGCAGUUCCUGCAUAAAAUUGUCAAACUUUUUAGUGUAUUUUUGUGAAGUCCUUUUUUCCUGCCAUUCUUUUGUAGUAGUCGCUGUUUGAUAAAAGUUGCUGUAUAAUUUUUUAUUAGAUAAGUAGUAAAUCCUUCAAUUAUUGUUGGACUUGGUGAAGUAAAACAUUUGUAGAGUUUGGAUUCUUUCAUUUUCAGCACAAAGUGACAGUUGUGCUAACACUAAAUAAUGUGUUGGCGAUACUUUCCAAAUGGCUAGAAGUUGUUUAUUCAGAAGUGUCUGUCACUACUUUUUUGCCAAAACUCCAUUGAACCGCAACUUAUGACUAGUCUGUGAGAUCAGAUGCUAAAGUCAGUGAAAAGUAACCACUGCCACUGUACUGCGUUARCAUUUUUAAAUACAGGAAAUACUCGAAUAGCCUGAUGUCAUGAGGCAUUCGUUAGAGUUUUGCAUGAGAUUCUAAUACUUCAGUAGGCCUCUAGUUGUUCAUCUACAAUGGUUACCACAAAAAAAAAAGGGCAGGAUUUUAAACUCAAUUAUUCCAUCCUUUCUUUGAGCUACUGAUAGAAAAAGAAGAGAGAAUAUUAAGUCUGUGCCAAUCACUUGGCUAGAAAAUUAUGAAUGACUGGUAGAAGGCUCAGGUUUUUGAACUAUUUCUUACCUAAAUUCUUUCAGAGUAAUAAUUUUUGUUACUGAUUAUAAAAGAGUUAAUAACAUUUGCCAUUCAAAACUGCAGUGACCGUGGUCUUCAUAAAAGCAAACCCAGAAAAGAGUAGGAUUUAAAUCUCCCAUAUCACCAGUCUUG